UACAGCUCGAGAAGAAACCAAGAGAAAACAAAUAACUCUUCAAGAAGACACAGCCUGACAAGAAACGAUCAGAGCAAAGACAAGGUCAAGUCUAUCACGAGUUUAUCUUUGCCCAGGCACUGGCGACUAUCCUCUGACAACUAUCCUGAAGAAAACAUUCUGAAUACAUUAGAACUAAGUGACCGGGUUGGUCCCAAUACCGGGUAUAUAAGCAGUGACUUCAAAUCCAGAGCUUUGAGGUUCUCCUUGGCCAUAUCGACACUUGCAAAGAAGUUAGUCAAGCGCAUGAUUGAGAGGAGCUCUAACUCUGUUGGAAUUUCUAUCCACCUUCACUUUGAGGAGGACAUGAUAGCCUUUUCAUGUUGUAUUUAUGAUGGAGGAGUGGUUGAAAAGUCACAAAUGGAUGUGGUACGUGAGAAGGAAUGGAGGAAGAAGUUCAAACAAAAAUAUCGUGUUAUUGCACCUGCUGUCAACCGCAUAAAUGGAAAAUGUCCUAUGACCCCUGUAGAGGAGAACAGCUUGCAGAAGUUUAGGCUGGCAAAACCUGUUCUUUCCAUUGGUGGAAUCCUACAAGUGGAGCUCUUACGCAGAGUUCAAAGACAAGAAAUGGAUGGUCUAUAUUAUAUAUGGCUAACUCCCUCUUUUGGUUUAUUGGCCUCGAAAAAUGACUUAUAUUUCCUGCUAUUAAUGCAGUCAUAGUCUACCAUAUGGUAGUCGUAUAUAUAAAUGAGGAUGUGAGUUCAAAAGAGCAUUAAUAUAUUAUUUUUGUGUUUCUAAGAUAAUCUUACAGAUACAUCUCACAAGUUUAUCCACGGCUCUCUAAGUUGCAUGUAGUUUUUGUGGGUGUUGGAUAUCAUUGAGUUUAUUUGAGCAGAUUAUACACUCUUAUGUGAAUCAUUAACACGCUUAAUUCAUCUUCAUAGCAGAGUAGAAGACGCUCAGCUGACUGACAAACUACUAGAGGCCACUUCAGUGCCUGCAACAGUUGGAUAAUACGAAACAAAAAGAAAUCAUUUUUGGUGCACUGCAAGAAGCGUAUGCUCAUGAAGUUGGAGGAGAAAUUCAAGAAGGAAAAAAGAGUGCUGGAUGGAUAGGUGAAGACAAUGAGCAUGUUGCUAAAUACUGUUAAAAUCACAUUUUUGUAUGUAGUUAUAACUGUUAAAUACAAUCUCCCUUUAGCCUGUAGUACUUUGCUUUAUAAAGCAUCCUAACAAAACCUUCAAGUAUACAAAAACAUAUUCCAUAA